GGGACACGAAGCACCAGCGGGAGCAGCGGGAGAGAGAGAGAGAAGUGGGGGGAAGAGGAAGCAGCAGGUGCCAGUUUGCUACGGUGGCCGAGGGGGGGCGGAUGAGGCGAGAAUCAGACACGGCCGACCGAGGCACCAGGCCAGCCGGUGGAGGCAUGCUGUCAUACGUUUGAAUGUGAAUGAAUGUCGGAUCUCGGACUCGAUCCCAUGCCCGGCAAGGAAUGAGAAAAGUGGAGGAAGGAAGGAAGAGAGGAAGAGACGCCGUGGAAGUGAUGGAGGAUUGGAGGGAGGUCGGGGGGCGGGAGAGGAAUUUGGGGCAGCAGCCGCCGAAGAAGAAGAAGCAGCAGCAGCAGCAGAGUGGGUGAGACGGAGGGAGGGAGUAGCGAGCUUGCUUGCUCGCUCGCUUGCUUGAUUGGCUUGCGUGCGUGCGUGCAUGGAGGGACGGGUGGGUUGCUUGACAGAUUGAUUGAUUGAUUGAUUGCUGGAUGGCUUGAUUCUUUGAGUGCUUGAAUUUUGUUUUUUUAGGCCGAGGAGGACGACGACGACGAGAAAGGGUGUGUCCAAGUGUCGGCAGGUUUGAGGAGCUGCCGAAUGAUGAAACGCAGACGAAAUUCCGCUGCCCCUACGUGGUCACGGCGCAUUGAAGGCCGCAGUCUCUAGACGAGAAAGUGUAGAAAGUGUAGAAAGUGGGAGACCAAGUGGAGGGAGGGAGGGGGCGGAGAAGAAGAAGCGACUGGCAGCAGCAGCAGCAGACAUUGAGCGUUCUCGGCGCUCCGGAGAAAUAAAGAAAUGAAGGGAUGGUGGGUGCGAGGAGGGCAGAGGGUCACGGUCCGGUGCAUAGUGCCAAGCAGAGUGUAGAAGCAGCAGCAGCAGUAGCAGGGGCCGAGGAUGAGGAGGACGGAGGGAGAGGCUACGGCAGGAAGAGCAAGCUAGCGGGAGAAUACGAGGAGGAGGAGGAGCAGGAGCAGGAGCAGGAGGGAUGGCAGUGGUCACGGGUGACAGGUAUUUGGAUCUUCUGGCACGCUUCAUCGAAGCACACGCCGGGUCGUUGCUGGAUGGCAGUUUGGUGCUGAAGCUGAAUCCGGUGGGAUUGCACUACGUGCAGACGAGGCUGGAUCAACUUCAUGAACUGGAAGCCUUGAGAGCAGGGGCACCUGUAGAUUAUUUGAGAGCUUAUGUUGCAGAUCUGGGGGAUCACAGAGCGCUAGAGCAGCUCAGGCGAGUGCUAAGAUUGCUGGGGUCGGUGAAGGUGGUGUCCAUGCUCCCGAGCCCUGCUAGGGAUCCCUCACCAAUCACCCUGCUCCCAUUCGCGCGCCUCAGAUGUCUGGAGCUCAGAGGCUGUGAUCUUUCCACUUCUUCUGCCCGUGGAUUGCUCGAAUUACGGCCGAUUUUGGAGAAACUGAUUUGCUACAAUUCUGCCGACGCUUUGAAGCAUAUAUUCGCGGGGCGCACAGCUGAAAUUCAAGGUGCGCAAGUUUGGAGCCGCUUGUCAUCAAUAUCAUGUUCAGGAAACGGGAUGCUGCUCAUGGACGAGUCAUUGCAGCUUCUUCCUGUCGUGGAGGCACUUGAUUUGAGUAGAAACCGGUUCGCUAAGGUUGCCAAUAUGCAGAAGUGCUCGAAUUUGAAGUUUUUGGAUGUUGGAUUCAAUCACAUCACGAGUGUCGUCAAUUUACAUCAGAUACUACUCGGAGUUACGAAGCUGGUGUUACGAAAUAAUGCGCUGGUGAGCUUAAGGGGAUUAGAGAGGAUUGCCUCCUUAGAGGCCCUUGAUCUCUCACACAAUUUGAUCUCAAACUUUCGGGAGGUUGAGUUGCUCAAUCAGUUGCCGUGCCUUUACUCCUUGUGGUUUGUCGGCAAUCCUAUCACAUUCUCCCACCACUAUCGGAAAGAAGCCCUGAGCUAUUUUAAUGAUCCGAAAAAGGUAGUUCUGGAUGGAAGGCAUACAGGCAGGAGGGAGGUUUGGGCUGUCAGAAAGAUUGUUAUUAAUCGACAAAAGCAGCGCUCUAAAUAUGGAGCGUUCACGCCUGCUCAGACUCCUGAGGCAUCCACGAUGUCACUUACCAUCAGUGACUCUGGCGACGUUUCAGAUACUAGUACGACGAGUGUAAAUAAUGGUCAUGGUCCUGUGGCGAAAGCUAGGAAACGGUAUUCCCGGCUAGCAUCGAUUCAGGAUUUAAGUGGACACUUAGCUCCAUCGAGAGCAGGUGAUGGUUCGAAACAGGGAAGUGUGGACUCAGAUAGUGGUGUGCAAGAUACUCCGGAGGACAAGGAACACAUAGAAGAGACUGUGUUGGAUCUUAUGCAUCAAGCUGAAGCUCUGAGAAGAGAAGGUUCAAGCACCUGGUUGAAGGACCUAAACACUCUUCUAGAAAACGAGUCUCCAUCGAAGAAGGCUCAGUACCUAAACUCGCUUGUUGAAAAGGAUUGUGAGGUUGAUCAGCAGAAUACUCAGUGGCAGAGAAGAAGGAGAAAGAGAACUCUGAAGAAAGGACUCAUCGCCUCUGACUCUAUGUCUAGAGAUUCUGACUCCAGUACUCAAAUUGAGGAACAAGACGGAGCUGAAGAGAAUUUGGUGACACGGUCGCAAGGGGGAUCUACAGGCAGCUCCAGACGCUUGAGCAAAGAGGCUUUCGCAGAAUAUUUUUCAGCGUGGAAACUAGAUGAGAACUAUGUCGGGGAUGCCGAUGAAAACUUUCGGAUCUCUCUUGUAGAUGGAAACCGUUUACAUCAACUGCCUUCUGACGGAGGCGACCUAUUUGUAGAUAACCUUGCCGAAACGUUUAGACUCACGGAAGAACUCAUUAGUGGAAAGAUGUUAGCUGGCUCACCUUCUUCUCCUCCUCAAUUCAAUCAAGACUUGUUACACCGUCGCCAGGAUCUUGAAAGGGAGCUUUUGCAACUACCUUUGGAACCCGAAAUCACACCCUUCUACGAUAGUGAAACCAGCAGCGAGACGACCUACUCCCAGCUGUCGGACAGUAGUGAAAGCCUUCAUCAUAGCCCACCACCUUCUGUGAGGCAUCCCUUCACCAUAGUCCAUGAACCUCGAGAUUUUGAGCUGAAACGAAGCGAGGGUAAUGCUGAUUCUAAGCACUCGAGGGACAGUGGACCUUCUGCAAGUGGCGAGAUAAGUAAUAGCGAUGACCCCAACAGCGUGAAUAAAGGCGAAGAUGUUGAUGUUUGUAAAGAAAAUAGAAACGAGAACAGGCAGCCAGAGCAGACCGUAUCUAGCCUGCCACCUCCUAAACCUAAGCCUGCUCGAAGAAUUAUACGUCUGGAGUCAUUUUGUUCCGAUCGAGGUGCUGAAGGCCUUCAGAGGCAAGGAUCUCUUCGGAGAAAUAUAAGUUUGCACAGGAGGUCCAGUUCCUUGGGCGUCGGCACUGCAGAUGGACCAGAGCUAACAAGGUCAUUGAGUUCGUCGAUAGAGUAUCCAAAUCCCUCAGGUCUGACUAGUAUUAGUUGCUCAGAUGUUUCAAGAAGUGCGUCUAUUGAAGGUGCCGAAGAUUCCCAGCCUAAACCGUCAGAAAAUGGGAAUCAAGGGGUUUCAGCGUCUUUUACUUUGCAGAAGGUUGGAAGUCUUGAGAGAUCGGACAGUAGCCCGCAGUUCUGCAGGUUGCACUCAAUGGUGGGCCCAUUUGUUGAUCCUUGUGCCUAAUGACAGGUUCUCCUUAUCUUUCUCUCGACUGAAGUUGCCUUAGCCCAAAUAGAUGAGUUUAUUAUCAGUGCAAUCUCAUCGUACACCGGCAACUAGAGUCAAGUCUUUUCUAUUGGCGGUAUGACCCAUAUAUGAGCCUGUUCUUCGACCUCAUCUGUAAAUAUGCUGGCCUUGAUGUCAAAGAAAUUGAUUUGUACAUAUACAAGUUUUACAAAUAUCAUUUUUCUCCCCU